AUGGUAACAACUAUCAAUUAUCAACACAAAAAAUUCAACAUGAAGAACGAACAGGAGGAAUAUCAACAUAAGAAAUUUGCUACCAGCAAAAGGAAAAUUACCGAAAUGGAAAAAGAGCAAGAAACCAUAACAGCUGAGAGUAUUCUGCAGCAAGCUCAAAAGGAUAUCAUUACCGAUUUACCACAAAUCAAACGGAAACAAAUUAAGCCUUUGUUUCGACCAUGGGAAGAUAAGGACGAAGAAUGUAAUGCCAACAAAAGACCCAAAAGUUGUCCUCCAACUGAGGUUGCAAUCAGUAAUACCACAAAUGUUUUACCACAGCCUUCAAAUCUCAAGCGUCGGCGUAACACAGUUGGAGCUCUGAUGAAACGUCGCCAACAGCAAGAACAAAAUGCCCUACAAUGGAUGAGACAGCAACAAUAUAUUGCCUAUCAGCAACAACAACAGCAAUACCACUCGGUCAUAAUGGAACAAUCAAUGAGAAAUUCCACUUAUUUGCAAUAUUUACAACUAUUGGCCCAACAACAAAGACAGCAACAACAAUUAUUUGUUUUUGGACAACAACAUUAG